AUGCUAGAGUGUCCACAACGUCCAUCUACUGCCGCCAGUACAGCUUUCAGGAAAAAUACUCGCCAUGGCAGUGCACUUCCACCUAAAUCUGAAAGUGGUCUACUGCCGCUUGCAAGACUCCAGACUUGUCAAUCUGCUCUCGGUAGUCUAAGAUCAAAGAUAGACAAUAGCCGAGGCCGUGUAAGCACUUUGUCGCGACCUAGAACAAGUUACUUUCAACGAUUCAAUCAACAGCCAGCUCAGGAAUACUCGCCCCACUACUUGCAGUCGCUCCACACGUCAGAAUGGCUCUCUAAUAGGCGCGUGACACAUGACGAAAUCUUAAUUCCCCGGGUUAUUGAUAUUUCUGCACUGCCCUCUUUGGAAGAAACUACAUUUUACUCCAAAGCUACUCUAUCUAAUAACAGAAACCAGAUUGAUGAGGUGCUGGAGCCUGAAGACACUAACAGAUCCUUCUUUUAUAACAGAAAGCGCAGACAGGCAGACUUUGAAUUUAUAGAGCAGGAACUGCUUGCACAGGAGGAAGCAUACAACAAUAGUAAGUGUCCUUCGAAAGGUGCACUUGCAGCUCUUCGGAAGACUGCACAAAUGAUCACAUGCUCUAUUCCAGUAGCCUCAUUGUCUGGUGAAACUGCUGCAAACUCAUUACUGCUCUCUGCAUCAGCAACACAAGCAGCGCCGGAGGGUGGUGAGGAGAACAAAAAUAGAUAUCCCUACACUGAAGAGCUGACCAAGAGCCAGUCUAAUGAAGGCACCUUCCUCAAUGCGUCUAGUCCUGCUUACAAGUCUACUCACAACCAGGAUGGCAAUACUGGAGCCGAGAACAAUCAUCAUGCCACCUUUAUGACAGGAAUCAGCAAGUCUACUGUACCGCCGGAAACAACGUCUAAGUCUACCCGGGCCUCUCAACAGGCAACAAGCUUGACACGUCCUACACAUGUAGACACCCAGCAGGUGUACCAUCCGCCAAAUCGUGACACUCAGAUAUCCACCAAGGACCCAACUCUACAUAUUACCAGUUCUAUUAAUUUGGGAGCAGGCUCGUACAAUCUUUCAUUCGCAUCUUUGAGGCCACUGUCCCGUAGUCAGCUUAAUACUUACAUCCCUCCACUCUCACACACCGCUCAACACACCUCCAGACACAUCGCCAGACACGCUUCUCAAUUGAGAGCUGUGUAUAAUGCCAAUGAAUUCAAUGAUAAUUAUUCAAUGGGUUCUGGCAUCAAGCAGAAUGCUGGUGAGGUCCCUGUGAUGCAAACAUCCCCCAUCCCAGUUACUAUUCUUGAUUUCUUCGCAUAUUAA